CUUGUCUCUCUUCCCAACCAUUGCAAAGCCCCAGAUAGAUUGAGAUUCCUAGCAACGGUAGCUAUGGCUUCCAGUUUCCAGAUCCUGUCCUUCACCGCCAUAGCUAUUCUCGCGUCGCUCAUCCACCCUUGCUCGUCCACCGAGUUUCACCGCAAGCUCGCCAGCUGGUCCACCGCCGGCGCUACAUGGUACGGCGCCGCUACUGGCGCCGGAAGUGAUGGUGGUGCAUGCGGGUACAAGGGUGCCGUCUAUACGGCGCCGUUCUCAUCUAUGAUCGCCGCCGGCGGCCCUUCCCUGUACAAGUCUGGCAUGGGAUGUGGCUCUUGCUACCAGGUGAAGUGCUCCGGUAACGCCGCCUGCUCUAGCAACCCCGUGACGGUGGUGAUCACGGACGAGUGCCCCGGCGGCCCUUGCCUGAACGAGCCGCACUUCGACCUCAGCGGGACGGCGUUCGGUGCCAUGGCGAAGGCUGGCCAGGCCGACCAGCUGCGCGGCGCCGGCGUCCUCCAAAUCCAGUUCACCCGAGUGCAGUGCAACUGGGCUGGAGCGAAGCUGACCUUCGUCGUGGACGCCGGCUCGAACCCGAACUACUUCGCCGUGCUCGUCCAGUACCAGAACGGCGACGGCGACCUCUCGGCCGUCGAGCUCAUGCAGAGCGGAGCCGGGGCGGCGUGGACCCCGAUGCAGCACUCCUGGGGCGCUGUCUGGAAGUUCAACGCCGGGUCAGCCCUGCAGGCGCCGCUCUCGCUCCGCCUGACCUCAAGCUCUGGCAACAAGCUCGUCGCCAGCAACGUCAUCCCCGCCGGGUGGAAGGCCGGCGCCACGUACCAGUCGGCCGUUAACUACUAAUCAAAUAUGCUAUGUGCGCAUAUGUAUGUGUUGGUUGCCCGCAUAGGAUCGUGCAACAUGUAACCAAAUACUGUAUAUGUGUGUGGGUAGUUCGUUGUGGUAGCGCAGUACUACUACUACGAACUGAAAUAAGGGGAAGAUGCCGAUGAGGAGGAGGCGCAGAUAUGUACGGGUAUAGUUCUCCCCUAUUGGCCGUUUAGUCAAUGUUUGUGUGGACGUGUAAAACAGGUAUGUAAUAUCAGUACCUAAUACGUGCUAUAAUAUAAA